AUGCUUGAAGAUGAUAUGCAUCUAGACGUAUCAACAAGCCCUGUCACUAACGAAUGGGACACUCCUUACAAUUGGGGGUUGGCGCCGCCGUCUGAGCCAUUGAGGGAGAAGCUCAAAGCUCACGCUGUUCCUCCUUCUCUGGAUCACCACCGCCUUUUUGAGGAUAUCCCUCUCUCUAAUGAGUCAUUUGCGAUCCCUUCACCAGGUGACUCUCAGGUGUCAGCGUUUCCCUGGCUUCACAACGAGUCAGACAUCUCCCCAUCUCCUCAGAUGGAGAUUUUGCUACAACAGGGAUUCAACGACGAAGACUUUUGCACAGCCUCGCCGUCAAGCCCAUCGGGACAUGGCCAAGAUUCCAACGAUGGCCCCGAGGAAAUAUGCCUUCCCGAGCUUUUCUCUGCAGGGUUGAGCCUCUUCCCGUUGGACACAGAGCCAUCUGCGAUCCAUCACUUCAAAACAUACAUGACCAGUACCCUCAGUGUCAAGAACGCCCAGUGGAAUAUCUUCUCGCACUUCCUCGCCUCCAGCAAGGCAAAUACGUACUCACCAGUACGGAGCGGCAUCAUCGCCUGGGCAGCAGCCCAUCGCGGGCUGGAGGGACAGAAGGCCUCAAACGAGUACCUAGUCCAUUAUGCACAGGCAUCUUCCGAGAUGGACGCCCUCACUACAUCCCUGGUGGUCAAGAACGACUGGCGGCAGGAACAGGUUGAUACCGUCCUGGCAACGGCAUAUUUCCUCACCCACUGCGAUCUCGUAACCGGAAACAUGUCAGGCCUCGUAUCAAGACUCGACAGCAUACGGGAGUUGAUUAGAGAAAGACGGGAUCUCAUGAGCAGCGGUUUGACCGGCAUCAGCGCGCGGCUGCUUCUCUGGCUGGCCUACUUGGACCUCCGACGGUCGGUAUUUCUUCCCCAAGGUGACCAUGCUGCCGACACCAUCAUUGGAAUCAUCGGGAAUCAGGGGUCCUUGCAUCGGCUCUACCUUAGAAGCCGACUGUAUCUCAAGGAGGCUUUCGGCGAGAGGUAUCCCAGCCUAGAACUGCGGGACGACAUGAUUCAGGACCCCGUAAAUAUGAAGUUUGCCGAGGGCAUGUCUGUUUUCGGAAGAAUACUCCAACAUGCUCGGGAUGGGCAUGAAAAUGUCCCCGAGACCAGGGAUGCGUUGGAGAAACUUCACUCCGAAAUGGUCGAGCUGGAAAGAGAAUGCGAUCUUGCUCUUCAAGGCUUCGACUCGGGCGGCUCUAUAUCUAUCACGCGAACAUCAUACCACUGGCUCAAUCUGAAAGCCACCACCCAAUGCGGGCUUAUCCUCCUUAGCCGGAUGCGCAACCCAAGUUGUCGAACCGAUGAUGAGGCACAGUCCGCAGCCUACAAGAUCCUGAAGAUCACCAUCCAGCUGCGCAAGGCGAACAAGCUGCACAACCCACACUCGGUAUUCUCGGUGCUGCCGAUAUUUCUCGCGGGCAUCGAGACUGUCGACGAGGUUCACCAGGACUGGAUCAUGAGGUUCCUGGAGGAUGCGCGUGGUUGGGGGUUGCAUGUGCAGAGAGCCGCUCAGGUGCUGCAGCGUGCUGUGGAGAAGCAGAAGCAGACGGGAUGCAGGCUGGGAUUCAAAGAUAUUGCCGAUCUGGCUAGUGAGCAGCUCGUAUUGUAA